AUUGUAGAGAUUUGAAAUUUCUAAACCUAAAAUCUAAAUUAAAAAAAAUAGUAAAAAAACCAUGACUUUUUUUUUAUGAAUUCACUUAUCGUAUGAAUCUAUGCUACUAAUCUUGUUCUCCAAACAAACCCUAAUCUACCUGUCCAUUUAAUUUAAGAAGUGGGCAGCCUUAACAAAUAAAACAUACAAUCUCUCUUUGGCGAACACACUCCAUUCCCAAUAGCAUGACAAAAGAACACAAAGAAUUAUGGGCAACACACAAAUCAAGCCAUUCAAUUCUUUGAGAGAUCCAUUUACAUCAAUCAAACUCUCUUUCCAUCUCGGAAGCAGAUAUGGUGACUACUUUACAUUGGUAGUCAUCGUGACAAUCACUAACAAAUUAGUAUAAAAAAAUAUUAUUGAAUUUUUUAAUAAAUGACAUUUUUAAAGUUAUCAAUACAUAUUAAUUAAAUUAUUCUUAUCAAUUCUUCUAUGUCUCCAUUCAAGUGAACCAAUACAAAAACAAAACAAUAUAUUAGUACCAAAGCACAAAAAACAACUAUCACUUCAAAAACACCAAUAAUCACAAAAAACAACUAUCAUUUCAAAAACACCAAUACUAGUUCAAAACAAAUCAAUAUCUUCUAUGUCUCCAUUCAAGUGAACCAAUACAAAAACAAAACAAUAUAUUAGUACCAAAUCACAAAAAACAACUAUCACUUCAAAAACACCAAUAAUCACAAAAAACAACUAUCAUUUCAAAAACACCAAUACUAGUUCAAUGCGAAUAAAUACUAAUUAAACGCGAACCAAUACCAGUGCAGACGGACAAAUACAAAAUUCAACGCAAACCAAUACAGUUCAGGACAAACCAAAACCAGAAUACAAAUGCAGGUUAACCGUAAAAAAAAAAACAGAAUACAAAUCAAUCUUUUCGUUAGUAGCACUGCUCUGCAUACUAAUAAAGUUAGUAACCAGUAUGAGAUUUUUUUUUUUUGUAGUAUCAAAUUGAAAAAAUGAGAUAUCAAAUCUGCAACUUCCCAAUACAAACAUUCGUUUGCUUGUUGAAUUUGAAAAUAAAGGGUUUGAGUUUUGAAAAUCUUUGGAUUUAUGAUGGAUUUAUUGCAUUUUGUAUUUGAAAGAUACAUUGUUUGUUUAGUUGAAUUUUUGGGUCUCAAAAAGUUAUCUUCCAUAAUGUGGCAUUUGCAAAUUCCAAAUGAAAUAUGGUAUCUCAACAAACAAUAUUUUUCAUCAAAUACAUAAUGCUUGGUAUUUGGAUGCCAAAUAGGCAAAUACAACACCCAAAUCCCACAAGCAAACAACCCCUAGGCCCUAACCUUUUUUGUGUUGAAGCCCAACCCAAUCCAUGCCCAAAGCCUUAAAAGCUGGAGACUGAAUCUUAAGAGUUAAGAAGGAUGCGAGACAACAAAGGCCCAGCCCAAAAUCGUUGUAAUUCAACCAGCUUUCUCGGUCCCCAGAAGAACAAUCACGGAAAUAUUCAAGAGGGGGCGACGACCACAAAUCUUCUGUACGCUGCAGAGAAACACGAAACCAUGGGAGAGCAAGAACAGCAGGCAAGCGAGCAGCCGACGGUUGGUGGCUUAACCCAAGCUCAGUUCCUUUCCUGGAAGCGUCGUAAGGACAUAGAUGCCUCAACUAAGAAAGAGGCAGCAGUGAGGAAGCGGGCUGAAGAUAUAGCAGCAGGAAGAGUCCAAAUGAACGGGCGGGAACUAUUCGUGCACGAACCGUGGGUGUUUGAUAACACUCAAUACUAGGACAUUGCAGCUUUGGAACUUAUGAAGCUGGAACAAGGCUUGCUGUGAUACACCGCAUUCAGAUGUAUGCAUCCGUGCAAAGCAAUUGUGUUCAGUAAAACCUAUCACUUGUGUAAUUAUUGUCAGUUGCAAUGUUAGCACCAGGAGCAUCAAUGUUAGUGAACUGUGUGGCUCCAUGAGAGUUGGUUGAUAGCGAAUUACUCAUGAUUUUAUUCUUCUUUUUAUUUUUUAUUUGGAAAGAAGUACUAAUGAUAUUAGUGAAACACUAAUCGACCCGGUGCAUGAAGCCUGUCAUGGAUUAAGUGUUGUUCUCUCUACUAAGGAUCAACAUAACUUAACCCUGCGUACUUGCGAACAACAUCCUGAAACUCUUGAAGCAAGGUGUUGGCCUGAUAAUAGAUGUGUAAAGUGGUCUCAAAACUUGUUGGGAAAACAUGGGCACAUUCUGGUGCUUAGAGUUCAACAUAGGGUUGAAAAUUGGUAUGAUUUGUUCCUCGUCAUCUCUCACCCGCUCCUAAGGGAUCAAUUUAUAUUACUGACUGACCCGCCCCAUUUCUGUCUCCCUCACGACCCUGUCUGAUCCUCUAGGGUUGGAGCGCUGCGAGUCAGUGGGUCGGCUCAAAUCAACAAAUAGAUUUUUAAAAGAUCGCAUUUUGGUACCUAAACUUUAUUUUUUUUACAAAUAGCUCCAAAUAUUUUGGUGGUAAAAUUUCGUUUUGGUAUCUCUAUAUUUUUUACCUUGCAUUAUAGCACCUAAACUCUUAAAACUUUACAAACAAGUCAAAUGUGUUGGUAUGAGGAAUUUCAUAUCACUAUUGUUGCAAUGGGUCACAAGGUCAAAAAGUAACUCGCCCCUAAGUUGACCUGACUCGGCCCUACUCUUACAGGCUCGUCGCUAUACUGACACAGACCAAUCCUCAAGAUCGAGACGGUUCAGGGUUGGUCAGUGGGUCUCUAGAGUCAAGCUUACACAAUUAGUUCAACAUGUAGUCCGAAUUCUGAAAGCUAGCAUGAGUGAUGUAGUUGCUCCUGCCAACUAGCCGAUAUUGCACCCUGAUAUGUGUUCUUCAAAUUGUAUCUAAAUGAUUUUCCCCAAAAAUGUCUUAGUUACUAAAAAAUUCUCACAAUACCAAACUUACACUAAUAUUUCCCAAAAUACUAAAGCUUUAAGAGGUUCACCUAACACAUAAGCGAACUGUGAGAUAGUUCGCGUCACAAAGAAGGGAUCAAUUUUGUUCAUUGGAGGUUGAAGCGAACAACGAGCGGUUCGCUUAAUUGAUAAGCGAUCAAGGUAGAUCGCGCUGGGGUAGGGCGAUUGGCAUAGACCGACGGUGCAGAUCGUUAAUGAAUCAAGCAAUGCACAACACGUGGUAUCAGAUCGCUCGGCUCAGAGGUGAUCUACACCAUUGGUCAUUGAUUGGCACAUUUUUAGUGAUGUGGAUCUCGGGUGAGAAGAGCAGACAACAGUUGAUCGCAGAACACAUCAGCGAUUCGCUUGAUUCGCUCCACAAUGCAGCGAUCUGCUUCCUUCCCACGAAACUAUAAAUACCCUCUCAUUUGCAUCACCACUCACACAACUCCACUCUUCUUCUUCUCAUCCUUCCACCAGUGAAGGAAAAUCCUAGUAUGCUAUGUGGUUGCAGCUAAGCUCGAUCUCCAACACCAAAAAAGUUUUUCUAUAGUUGGCUAUAUCACCCCUUCAAAACUCCAGACGAAUCUUUGUCCAACAUUUGCCAAAACUGGAAGAAUCUCUGUUCACUUUCAUUUUCGUUUCCUGUUUUCUGUUUUCAUGUCAUAAAUUUGACAACUGAAACGAGAAAACUUGUUUACUUUUCAUUCUGUUUUAUAUUCGUUUCCAACUAUGAAAACAAAAAGUGGCAACUUCCUGCUGUUUUCGGAAACGAAAAAAUGUUAUUUUCACCUGUUUUCAACAUAUGUUUUCUCGAAAACAGGAAACAGAAAUGAAAGUAAACAGGCUAG